AUGCUGACAGUGAGUGAACAAACAAGGUCCAGAGUGGAGUCUAUGAGCUUUCUGGUUACCGGCCAGUGCUUUGCGAGACCCGGAUCUUCAUUUACCAGAGCUACAAUGCAGUUUGCCAGGUUUUGGCUGCGAGCAGUUUGCCAAGAACUAUCAUUCAAUGUACUCAAACAUGUGUUUUAUCAAGGAUACAACAUCACCUACACCGCUUGCCUGUCAACCACUGGCAGGGAAGCAUGCGCAGAAGACGGACAUCGCGAAAAGAAGUUCAUCAUCCCGAUCUUCAAUAGGUGUGACGUGGAUUUGACAAUGAAGCUUUGCACGGUGCUUUUGAUCCUAGCAUUGGCAAAGUCAGGACAUGUUUGCUUGUUUUGUUGGGUUCCUAAACAAACAGACGUGUGA